AUGGCGGAUAUAAAAUCCUCCCAAUCGGCUGUCGAGGAGCCUCCAAUCGACUCCAAAGACACUAAAAUUGGCGCUAAUGCAGACAGUAGCUCCAACCAAAGCGAUUAUGACGCCGCCACAGAACAAGACAUUGAUGGCGAUUACGGAUCCUAUGGUAACCACAUUUUCUCCGACCCAAAGGUCGCAGAAUAUUGGCGUGGCGUCUACGAAAAUGCUUCAUAUGAAGGCCGUCACCGGUUUGAUCCCGAAAUCACAUGGUCAGCCGCUGAAGAAAAGCGACUGAAGCGCAUAAUCGACUGGCGGGUUAUGACGUGGGCAUGGAUCAUGUUUUUCGCAUUAGAUAUCAAUCGUCGAAAUAUCAACCGAGCGAUUACGGAUAACAUGCUAACGGAAUUGGGCAUGAAUACUAAUGACUUCAAUACCGGCCAGACUAUCUUUUUGGUCUGUUUCUUGUCUGCGGAAUUACCCAGUGGCCUCAUUUCAAAGAAAUUGGGACCAGAUGUUUGGAUUCCAUUUAUCAUCUUUGCUUGGUCUGUGGUUUCAUUGUCGCAGAUUGGAUUGACUAGUCGGGCGGGGUACUUUGCUGUUCGAGCCUUGCUAGGCUUCUUAAUGGGUGGAUUUAUUCCUGAUACCGUCCUUUACAUCACUUAUUGGUACAAAGCAAAGGAACUUCCAAUCAGACUCUCCUGGUUCUGGACCGUCCUCAGCGCCUGCAAUGUGAUCGGUUCCCUCCUCGCCGCCGGUAUCCUCCAAAUGCGAGGUCUCGCCGGCUGGUCCGGUUGGAAAUAUCUUUUCCUGAUCGAAGGUGGUAUCACCGCUCUUGUCGGCAUCGCAAGUUGGUUCCUCAUGCCUGCAAGUCCCAGCCAGACCAAGGGUAGAUUCCGCAAGAAGCCGUGGUUCAACGAGCGGGAAGAAAAAAUCCUGGUCAACCGUCUGUUAAGAGAUGAUCCCUCAAAGGGCGAUAUGCAUAAUCGACAAGGUGUCACUCCACCACUCCUCUGGAAAUGUCUCAAAGACUUCGAUCUCUGGCCACUCUACCUCAUUGGUCUAACAGCCUACAUCCCCCCAGCCCCACCACAAAACUACCUCGCCUUCAUCCUCCGCCAAAUGGGGUUUAGCACUCUACACGCCAACCUCCUCACCAUCCCCUCGCAAUUCAUGUUCGGCGUGAACCUCCUAAUUAUCAGUCGAAUUAGCGAAUGGCUCAACGAACGUUCUUUAGUAUCCAUGGCAUCGAAUAUUUGGAUGUGGCCCUUCCUGCUCGCAUUGGUAUUAUUACCGUCCGAUGCAAACGGUUGGGUUAGAUACGGAUUGUUGACCGGAUUGUUGAGUUAUCCGUACUGUCAUGCCAUCCUAGUGGCGUGGAAUUCAAGAAACUCGAAUUCGGUGCGCGCCAGGGCUGUUAGUGCCGCAUUAUAUAAUAUGUUCGUGCAAAGUGGGAAUAUCAUUGCAUCGAAUAUAUAUCGUGAAGGUGAUAGGCCGCAUUAUUAUACCGGUAACAAAAUCCUGCUUGCUAUCGCAUCAUGGAACAUUGUUCUAUUCGUGCUAGUCAAGUUUUGGUAUGUCAAGAGGAACGAACGACGGGAAGCCAAGUGGGCAGAACUUACAAAUGAUGAGAGGAUUGAUUACAUCUAUAACACCAAGGAUGAAGGAACGAAGAGGUUAGAUUUCCGUUUCGUUCACUAA